AUGAAGCAGGGAUCCACCGACAAGGAAACUGGUGAUAAUGCCAUCGCACCAGCACCUUCUCACGUGGCUUACGAGCACCAAGAGGGGGACAAGUCGGCCAACGCAUAUGCCGAUGCUCAAGCGAUUUAUGUUGACGACAAGACAAGCAAGGAGCUUUUCUGGACAGUCAACAGACGAAUCCUGGCUUGUAUGUUGGGCACAUACUUCUGCCAGUCCCUCGACAAGGGCACUCUUGGCUUUGCCUCCAUCAUGAACAUUAAGCAAGACGCCAACCUGGUAGGCCAACAAUUCAGCUGGCUCGGAACCAUUCUGUACAUGGGUGUUCUCAUCGGAGAGUACCCGACCAACUUGCUUCUGCAGAAGCUCCCCGUCGCAAAAUAUCUCGCCGCCAAUGUUUUCUGCUGGGGCAUUAUCGGUGGCAUCAUCGCCUGGGGAGCCUCUCACUACAAUGGUCACGACAUCAAGUCAUGGCAGCUUUUGUUCCUCGUUCUCGGCGUCGCGACCUGCGCCUGGGGCCUCUUCAUCGGCUGGUGGCUGCCCGACUCGCCCAUGGCGGCCAAGUGCUUCAACGAGGACCAGAAGCGCCUCAUGAUUGAGCGUGUACGGGCCAACGAGACGGGCAUCCAGAACAAGACGUACAAGCGCUACCAGAUGAUCGAGACCGUCACCGACCCCGUCGUCUGGUGCUACGUCAUGCUUCAGGUCACUUCCACCCUCAUCAUUGGCGGGCUCGGCGUCUUCUCCAACCUCAUCAUCUCCUCGUUUGGAUUCACGUACCUGCAGACGCAGCUGUUGAACAUUGCACAAGGUGCCGUCACCAUCAUUGUCAUGGUUGGUAGCGCGACUUUGGCUACUUGGUCGAGGCAGACUGCCUGGGUAAUGCAUGGAUGCACAAUUCCCGCCAUCAUCGGCACAGCCAUCAUCUACAGCAUCCCACCCAACGCCAGCAACCGCAUCGGCCUCCUCAUCGCCUUCUACUGCACCCAAUUCUACCUGGCCGAGGGCAACCUCAUCUUCUCCCUCAUCUCGCGCAACGUCGCGGGCCAGACCAAGAAGUCGACGACGCUCACCAUGACCUUUAUCGGCUGGGCCGCGGGUAACAUGACGGCGCCCCAAAUCUUCCAGGCUGCCGACGCACCGCGCUACCGCAAGGGCUUCACGGCCCACUUCUGCCUCUACGUCCUCUUCAACCUCUUCCUCGUCCUCCUCCGCUUUCUCCUCGUCCGCCGCAACAUGGCUAAGCGCAAGGCCGCUGCUGCCGCGGACCCGGCGAACCUGGCGGCUGAGGAGGUCGAGCAGGAUGUCGGUAAUACUGGGGCUGCCGGGGCUAACGACGAGAAGAUUGAGCACUCGAAUGCGUUUGCUGAUAUGACGGAUAAGGAGAACCCCGACUUCAGAUAUGACUUCUGA